AUGCCUAAGAGUGGAGAGACUCUUACGAAAAAGUUACAAGAUGAAAAUGCAAUGAAUAUUUCAGAAAACUAUGAAAAUGGAACUUUUACAGAUGCCCAGACUGUCUGCAGAGAUUUGCUGCCUCAUUUGGCAAACACACAAGAAGUCAUAGAGCCAACAGAGUCUCUGUGGACUUCUUUUGCUGAUGGAAGAGUCAGGCUGAGAAUAGAUAACUCAUGUCCACAGACUCCCAUAACAGUUCAUGAAAUGUUCAAGGAGAGCCUAGAAAAAUAUGGAACCCUUAAUGCUUUGGCCAGCAAGAAGAAUGGAAAAUGGGAGAAAAUAACUUUUUCAGAAUAUUAUCGUCUCUCCAGGAAAGCAGCCAAGAGCUUCUUGAAGCUUGGUCUGGAACGAUUCCACAGUGUGGCAAUCCUUGGAUUUAAUUCUCCAGAAUGGUUCAUCUCAGCUGUUGGAGCUGUUUUUGCUGGAGGGAUUGUCACGGGAAUAUAUACAACCAGUUCUCCGGAGGCCUGCCACUACAUUGCUCAUGACAGCAGAACCAAUGUCAUGGUUGUGGAAAACCAGAAACAACUUGACAAGAUAAUGCAGAUCUGGAAUCACUUGCCACACUUGAAAGCUGUUGUGCUAUACAAGGACUCCAUUCCUGAGAGACAUCCAAAUUUGUAUAUGAUGGAAGAGUUUCUGGAGUUGGGAGAUGACAUAUCGGAUGCUACUUUGGAUGACAUUAUUAACUCUCAAAAGCCAAAUGAGUGCUGUGUACUUAUAUACACAUCUGGAACAACUGGGAAACCCAAAGGAGCCAUGCUGAGUCAUGACAAUAUAACUUGGACAUCAGCACAUUGCAGCAGAGCAGGAGAUAUGCAGCCUGCAGAGGUCCAACAGGAGUCUAUAGUCAGUUAUCUCCCACUCAGCCACAUAGCUGCGCAGAUAUAUGACCUGUGGACUGGAAUCAAAUGGGGAGAGCAAGUUUACUUUGCUGAACCAGAUGCUCUGAAGGGGAGUUUGAUCAACACACUAAAAGAAGUGCAGCCAACGUCUCACAUGGGAGUUCCCCGAGUAUGGGAGAAAAUAAUGGAGAAAUUAAAGGAUGCUUCUGCUCAGUCAGGAUUUAUUAAGAAGAAGGUGCUGUCAUGGGCUAUGUCACUUAGCUUAGAGAGAAACCUGAACUGCUCAAGCAGCAGUGAUUUAAAACAGUUUUGGACAAGGUUAGCAGACUACUUAGUGCUUGCAAGAAUACGCAAUGCACUGGGUUUCUCUUCCUGUCAGAAGCACUUUUGCGGCGCUGCUCCUCUCAAUACAGAAACACUGUAUUUCUUCUUGGGUCUGAACAUCACCCUCUAUGAGGCCUAUGGGAUGAGUGAGACAACAGGCCCGCAUUGCCUUUCUGGGCCAUACAUUCAUAGGCAGCACAGCUGUGGUAAACCAGUACCUGGCUGCAGAGUGAAAUUAGUGGAUGAAGAUAUAGAAGGCAAUGGAGAAAUCUGUUUCUGGGGAAGGACUGUUUUCAUGGGUUAUUUAAAUAUGGAAGACAAAACAAAAGAAGCCUUUGAUGAGGAUGGCUGGCUGCAUUCUGGAGAUUUGGGAAAACUAGACAAGGAUGGUUUUCUGUACGUCACUGGAAGGAUUAAAGAUUUGAUUAUUACAGCUGGAGGUGAAAAUGUGCCUCCAAUUCCAAUUGAAGAUGCUGUUAAAAAAGAACUCCCAAUUGUUAGUAAUGCUAUGGUGAUUGGAGAUAAGAAGAAGUUUUUGUCAGUGUUACUGACCCUAAAGAGUGUGCUGGACCCAGAUACAUCUGAUCCUACUGACAUUCUCACUGAGCAAGCUAUAGACUUCUGCCAGAAGGCUGGUAGUAAAGCCACUAAAGUAUCAGAGAUUGUAGCUACAGGAGACCCAGCUAUCUAUGAAGCCGUUCAAGAGGGAAUCAACAAAGUCAACAUGAAUGCUACUAAUAGGGUUCAUUGUAUUAAAAAAUGGAUAGUCUUGCCAAGAGAUUUUUCCAUUUCUGGGGGAGAACUAGGUCCGACAAUGAAGUUAAAACGUCUUGCUGUGCUUGAGAAAUACAGACAUGAAAUAAACUCCUUCUAUGAAGAAUAAGAAAUCCAAGCAUUAAGAAAGAUCUGUGAGCUAAAGAAUUUCCUAAUGAAAAGCAGUAACAAAGUUUUAUGCUUGUUUUGGUUU